CGAGAACUGAAACGAAUGGGGAUCGAACUGCUCUGCCUGUUCUUUCUAAUCCUAGGAAGGAAUGAUCACGUACAAGGUGGCUGUGCUACAGGAGGUGCUGAGACCUGUGAAGACUGCUUACUCAUUGGACCUCAAUGUGCCUGGUGUGCUCAGGAGAAUUUUACCCACCCAUCUGGAGUUGGUGAAAGGUGUGAUACCUCAGCAAAUCUUUUAGUUAAAGGAUGUCAACUAAAUUUCAUAGAAAACCCUGUUUCCCAAGUAGAAAUACUUACAAAUAAGCCUCUCAGUAUAGGAAGACAGAAGAAUAGUUCUGACAUUGUUCAGAUAUCACCUCAAAGCUUGAUCCUUAAAUUGAGACCAGGCAGCGAGCAGACUCUGCAAGUGCAAGUUCGCCAGACUGAGGAUUACCCAGUGGACUUAUAUUACCUCAUGGACCUCUCAGCCUCCAUGGACGAUGACCUCAACACAAUCAAGAAGCUGGGCUCCCUACUUUCUAAGGAGAUGUCAAAAUUAACUAGCAACUUUAGACUAGGCUUUGGUUCUUUUGUGGAAAAACCUGUCUCCCCUUUUAUAAAAACAACACCAGAAGAAAUCUCUAAUCCUUGCAGUAGUAUUCCAUACUUAUGCUUACCUACAUUUGGAUUCAAGCACAUUUUGCCAUUGACAAAAGAUGCUGAAAAAUUCAAUGAAAUUGUGAAGAAUCAGAAAAUUUCAGCUAACAUUGACACACCUGAAGGAGGAUUUGAUGCAAUAAUGCAAGCUGCUGUAUGUAAGGAAAAAAUUGGCUGGCGUAAUGACUCCCUCCAUCUCCUGGUCUUUGUGAGCGAUGCUGAUUCUCAUUUUGGAAUGGACAGCAAAUUGGCAGGCAUUGUUAUUCCUAAUGAUGGGCUUUGUCAUUUGGACAACAAGAAUGAAUAUUCCAUGUCAACUGUUUUGGAAUAUCCAACUAUUGGACAACUCAUUGACAAACUGGUGCAAAAUAAUGUGUUACUGAUUUUUGCUGUAACUCAAGAACAAGUUCAUUUAUAUGAGAAUUAUGCAAAACUCAUUCCUGGAGCCACAGUAGGGCUGCUUCAAAAGGACUCUGGAAAUAUUCUCCAGCUGAUCAUUUCCGCUUAUGAAGAAAUACGCUCUGAGGUGGAACUGGAAAUAUUAGGAGAUACGGAAGGACUCAACCUGUCAUUCAUGGCUAUCUGCAACAAUGGCACUGUGUUCCCACACCAAAAGAAGUGCUCCCACAUGAAGGUGGGAGACACAGCCUCAUUCAACGUGACUGUGAGCAUCCCCAACUGUGAGAGAAGAAGCAGGCACAUUGUCAUAAAGCCUGUGGGGCUGGGGGACACCCUAGAAAUUCUUGUCAGUCCAGAAUGCAACUGCAACUGUCAGAAAGAAGUGGAAACGAACAGCUCCAAAUGCCACAAUGGCAACGGCUCCUUCCAGUGUGGGGUGUGUGUGUGCAACCCCGGCCACAUGGGCCCUCACUGCGAGUGUGGGGAGGACAUGCUGAGCACAGAUUCCUGCAAAGAGUCCCCAGAACACCUCUCCUGCAACGGAAGAGGCGAUUGCUACUGUGGACAGUGCAUCUGUCACUUGUCUCCCUACGGAAACAUUUAUGGGUCUCACUGCCAGUGUGACGAUUUCUCCUGCGUGAGGCACAAAGGGCUGCUCUGCGGAGACAAUGGCGAUUGUGACUGUGGUGAAUGUGUAUGCAGGAGUGGUUGGAUGGGCGAGUACUGCAACUGCACCACCAGUACAGAUGCCUGCCUUGCUGAAGAUGGGCUGCUGUGCAGCGGGCGAGGUGACUGCAUCUGUGGCAAGUGUGUUUGCACAAACCCUGGUGCCUCCGGACUGACCUGCGAACGAUGCCCCACCUGUGGCGAGCCCUGUAACUCUAAGCGGAGCUGUAUUGAAUGUCAUUUAUCUGCAAAUGGCCAGACUAAAGAAGAGUGUGUUGACAAAUGCAUACUAGCUGGUGUGAUCAUCAAUGAAGAUGAAGAUUUCUCAAAGGAUACUUCUGUUUCCUGUUCUCUGCAAGGAGAAAAUGAAUGUCUUAUUACAUUCCUAAUAACUACAGAUAAUGAGGGGAAAACCAUCAUUCACAAUAUCAGUGAGAAAGACUGUCCAAAGCCCCCAAACAUUCCUAUGAUCAUGUUGGGAGUCUCACUGGCUAUUCUUAUCAUUGGUGUUGUCCUACUCUGCAUUUGGAAGCUGCUGGUUUCAUUUCAUGAUCGUAAAGAAGUUGCCAAAUUUGAAGCAGAACGAUCGAAGGCCAAGUGGCAAACGGGAACCAAUCCACUGUACAGAGGCUCCACCAGCACCUUUAAAAAUAUAACCUAUAAACACAGGGAAAAACAAAAGAUGAACCUUUCCACGGAUGGAUAG